AUUUAACGGACGACAACUCUAAAUUUUAUGUUUACUUCCGCCUACUGGAUACACGUAAACAUACGUAGGAAGUUUAGUAUUAAAUUGAUAUUUUUCGGUUGAUUUUGCACCAGACAUCAAGUUGCCAUGGACAGAUGAUAGUUCUUUGUUUGAAUCUUGAUUUCAAAGGGAGACUUAAAUCAUGGCUGAUGCUGGGAAGGCAGAGGAAUCCCAAGCUCAGGCUAGUGGGACUCCAUCGAAGCUGGAGAGCCUGUCCAAGGAAGAUCUGCUGAAGUUUGUUAAGAGACAGAUGGUGAACCUUCAAAAGAUGAAGCAGAAAAACGAAGAGCUUACAAAGAAAGUCGUGGCUUUAGAAGGCGGGCAGGCCGGAUCAGGUGACACUAAAUCAGAUGAGAACACUGUUGGUGAACAGGAGGAAAAGUUGUCUGCCCUUCAGAAAGAGAAGGCUGACCUCGGGCAACAGCUUCAAGGUCUGAAGAAGAAAAACAAGGAGCUCGAGGACCAGAUUGAAUGCUUGCAAAGCAAAGACGAGACAAUGAUUCAAACCUUGCAAGUGCUUCAGGAUGAAACCAAUUCUCUCACAGCAAGCAAUAAGACACUUAAAGAAGAGAUAAAAGUUCUGACAGAGGCCAGAGACCAGCUUAUCGAAAAGAUCCAGGCUCAGUCUUCAGUAAAACAUAAUAAUGAAGAAGCUUUGUUAAUGCUGAAUGAGAAAAAUCAGGGUCUUCAAGAAAAGGUCAAUGCCCUAACAUUAGAUAGGAAAAGCAUUGCUGAAAAGUUAAAAUCUAUGGAGGAUAAAAAUGAUUUAAUUACUGAAAAAGUGAUAUCUUUGGAAAAAGAUAACAAAAUCAUAGAAGAAAAGCUUGAAGGUUUUUAUAAACUUAAGGACAGUCUAAAAAACAUGACAGAUGAAUAUAAUCUAUUAAAAGAUGAGAAUGGCAAAAUUAUACAAGAUUUGGAGACUAUUAAAUUAGAGAAUGAAAAACUAUUGAUUGAACUUGAAGGGCAGGUUAAUAAACCUUGCAAAAAUGAUAAUAGCAAUCCAAACAUUGAGUUAGAAAGUGAAUUAAAAUCUGUGAAGAAUGAAUUAGAAGUUACAUCGUUAUCUGUGACACAAAUAAAAGAAAAGCUGGAAAGUGAAACAAACAAGAAUUCUAUUUUGAAAACGGUUCUACAGGAAACACAAAAUCAAGUUAAAGAUCUUAACAAGCACGAAAAAGAUCUUGAAAUAGAACUGAAGACUCUACAGGAAAAAUGUAAAAGUCUUGAGUCUUCUGAUCAAAUGGCGGAAUUUCAGGCUAGGGAACAUAGUCUUAAAAGUAUGAUUGAAAAACUGGAAAAUGAAAUAGAGAAGAAAGAGGAAGAAGUGUUGCAUUUGGAAGAAACUCAAGAAAAUCAUGUUUAUGAAAUAAAUGAAUUGAAAGAAGAAAAAGAAAUUGCAAGGUUAGAAAUGCAAACAUUGCAUGCUAAGAUGGCAGAAUGGGAUAAUUUAAUGGCUAUUUUAAAAGAGGAAAAGGAUCAUGUCAUUCACGAGCUUGAUGAAUCUGAAAAACAGGAACAAAAUUUUAGGAAAGAAAUUGAUUUUUUGAUGACCUCCCUUAAUGACGCGCUUAAGGAAAGGGAUACUUUGCAAGAUGAGGUUUUUAAAAUGAAUGAAAAGGGUGGUUCAUUUGCUGAUGAGGUAAAUCAUUUAAAAGAUAGAGUUAAAGAAAUGAUUGAUGAAAAGUGUAGACUUGAAAUGGAACUUAAUACAGCAUAUUCAUCUAAAGGUGAAAGUUCUAUAGAGAUUCAGACAUUAAAGACUCGUCUUAGCAAAGCAUAUGACGAUAAAGAUGCUCUGGAAAGGGAAAGAGAAUCCAUGACUGUAAUAUUGCAGCUUGCUCAAGACAAAGCUGAAACCUUGUCAGAAGAAAUGGAGACAUUACAAGUAGAGCUAAAAGAACUUAAUGCAUUUAAAGAAAAAGUACAAUCACUUGAAGCCGAUAAAUGUGAGGUGAAUAAAAAUCUGCAAGAAUCUGAAAAGAAAGUAAUGGGUGAAAUAACAAAAUUGAAAGAGAAGGAAACAUACAUCAGGGAAUUAGAAGAUAAAAUUUUAGAAAUGUCUGAAGUUGUUGCAAAAACAAAACGAAUGUAUGAAGACUUAAAAGGACAGAUUGAAGGUGAAGAGGCUACGAUGUCAAAAGUGCAUGAGAAUGAAAUUACUCAGCUUAACAAAACUGUGGAGUCAUUGUCUCAAGAGCGCAAUGAGAUGAAAAAGGAACUAAGCGCCCUUUAUGACGAGCUGUCAGAAAGCAAGCAGCAAAAUGAAAAACUUCAAAAUAAUUUUGAUGAACAAACCAAUCAAUAUGAUGCAAAAUUUGCUGACUUGAAACAUGAAUGUGAAAAACUUCAGAAUAACAUAACUGAACUAACUAAGCAGUAUGAUACAAAAAUGUUUAAUUUGAAAACGGAAUACGAAAAGCUGGAUAAUGAAAAAAUAGAGAUGGCUCAACAGUAUGACGCACAUAUAACAGAACUAAAGUCAGAUUUUGAUAAGCUUAAACAAGAACAUGCUGAAGCCAUGUUCACAACUGAAAAUUCAAAUGUACUGAUUGAACAGUUAAAAUUAGAAUUAAGUCAAAGUAAGGAUAAAUUUAUAAGGGAAAAUUCAGAAUUGCAGUCAGAAUUAGAGACAACAAAAGCAUCACUUAUGAAUGCUGAGACGGCUUUUGAAGAAAAAGAAAUUAAAAUGAAAGGAAUGGAACUAAGUCUGCAACAAUCGGAGGAAAAUGUCAAAGAAUUUGAAUCACAGCUGAAUAUUGUAAAAGAAACUGUUGAUCUCAAAUGCCAUGCCAAUACAGUUUUGUGCAAUGAAAAGGGAGAUUUAGAAGCUCUUAAUAACGCACUAAAAAGUGAAAUUCAAAACCUUGAAGUUGAGAAGGAGACUUUGGUUGGUCAAAUGGAGAUUGUUAAAGUUGAAAGUGCAAAUUUGGUCGCGUCUUCUAGUCAAGAGUCUGAAAUUCAUACAAAAUCUAGACAAUUAGAGGAAGAUAUUGAAAUGUUAAAUCAAAAGCUACUUGAAAAAUGUGAUGAAAAUUCUCACCUGAGUUGUUCAGUAAAAGAAUUAAAAGAAUUGAAAGAAAAUCUUGAAGGCCAAGUCAAUAGUUUUAAAACCUCAUUUGUUACUAAUGAAGAAAGUAUUGCUCAAAUUCAUGAAGAAAAACAUAGUUUAGAAAAUUUGAUAAAAGAAAAAAAUGAAGUUAUUAAAAGUAACGAAAAUAAUGUUACAUCAUUAACAGAAGAACUUAAAUUAUUUCACGUAAAGUAUGAAGAACUAUUAAGUAAAGUUAAUAAAGAGCAGAAUAAUUUUGCUGAAGAGGUUCUUAAAUAUAAGGAGGAAAUAGAGCAGCUAAAGAUGGAAAAUGCAAUUCAGCAACGCCAAGUUGAAGAUGUAUCUAGAAUUUUAGAGAAUGAAAAAGAAAAACUGAAUGUUCUAGAAAAUGAAAAUGAUUCUUUAAAAGAUUUGGUAAAUGAUACAAAGUCCAAAUAUGAUUCCAUUUAUCAAGAGCUAGAAACAUUUCGAGAUCAAUAUGAUCAGUUACUAUCAGAUAAAAACAGCUUACAAGAAAGUGUUGAUGCCUUUAAGAAAGAAAUAACAGAGUUACAACAAAACAUUGGAAAGAAAUCUGCAGUUAAUGAUGAUAUAAAGUAUUUAGAACUUAAGAUUGCAGAUCUUGGAAAAAAUAAAGAAUUCCAAGAUCAGGAAAUUUAUCAAUACAAAGAUAUAUUGAAGGAAAAAGAAGAAUUAUUGAAGGAUUUGAAUGAACAAAUACAUCAGGUACAAAGUAUAUUGAAAGAUAUGGAAGAAGAACUGGAACAGAAAACUAAUAACUUGAAUAGCAGUAUCAGAGAAAAUGAAGGAUACAUGAAACAAAAAGAAGAACUAAAUAACAAAAUUAUGUCAUUAAUUCAAGAUAGUCAAACAAAAGAGAAUGAGUUAGUGAAUAGGAUAGGUGCUUUAGAAGCUGAGCUAUCAGACAUGUCAAACAGAAUUGAAAUAAAAGAAGCACUUCUGAGAAAAGAAUGUAAUAACGAAGUAUUAAACAUAGAGCAGCAACACGAAAAGAUUGAAACUGAGCUUCAAACCCGAAUCCAAGCCCUAGAACUUGAAGUGAAUAAAUUAACUAAAGACUGUAAACAGCUUGAACUAGAAUUCAAAAAGCAAAAGGAAGCGUUUGUCUCUCAGUUGAAACAAGAAAAAGACAUUAGAGUUGAACUGAAUGUAAAAUGUGUUCAGUUGGAAAGAGAGUUGACAGAACUUAAGGAUCAUAACACAAAAACAGAAGAAAAACUGAGAAAAAAGUGUAAGGACCUUGAAGAAAAGACAGAGCUUGUUAAAAAGGAAACUGAAAAUCUUCAGCAUUCACAAAAUGUACAAAGUGAAGUGGCCGCGUUGAAAUCAGAGGUUAAGGCCAAAGAAGACUUGUGCGGCAAACUGAAGACUGUUGCCGUGAAAACAAAGAAAGACCUGGCAGAUAUCAAAUCAAAAUUUGACAUUCAGUCUGAGGAACUGAAGUCACUUCGUGCCUGCAAUGUCAGUCUGCAGCAACAACUGGACUCCAACGCAAACAGUCAGGAGCUUCAGUUGCAGCAGAAACACAAGGAUAUUGAGGACAAACUCUCUGGAGUUCAACAACAGCUGUCAAAAACAGAGAAAGACAGGGACAGUUAUAAAGAUGAUUUAGAAAAGACUCUUCAGCAACUGUCUAAGAUCAAGGGGGACCUUGCUGACAUGUCAGAGGAGAAAGCUAAACUGGCCUCCAGCAAUGAGAAGUGCAACACUGUGAUCAAGGAAAAAGAGGGGCGCUUAAAAACCCUGGAACAAGAAAGCCAGGCAUCUCGGAUACAAAUUGAGUCUCUUAAUAAGGACAAGUCAGACCUUCAGAAGCAGAUCCAGAUUGCGCUGGAACGAGAGAAGUCUGGGGAAGAGAAGCACAGGGGGGUGACAGAGGGCCUACAGAGACAGAUUGCUGACAUGCAGACCAUGCUGCAGAAUGCAAAACAAGAGGCAAGUCAGAGCAAUAUGAUGGAUCUUGAGAUAGCAGAAUAUGAGCGCACCGUGAAGGCUCUGAAUGCCAAGGUCGCGGAGAGAGACCGAGAGCUGGAUGAGGCUCGAACUGAGACCCUCAGGCUGCAGGAGAGGGCCCAAGGCCUACAGGAACAGAUAGCCGGUUCCGAGGAGCAGAUGCAGCAGUCAGAGGAGCGCGGCAACAAACUGAAGCAGCUGCUCGUGAAGGCCAAGAAGGACUUUGCAGACGCCAAGAAACAGGAGGCGGAGUUCCGGACUGUCGAGAUCCAGCUGAGGGGACAGCUGGAGAGUGUGCAGCAGUACACCGAGGAACUGAAGGUUCAGAUAGCCAGUCUAACAGCUGACAAACAGAGACUUGAGGAACGUUUAAGGUCAGGCUCAGAGUCCACCCAGAAGACCGUCAAAGUGCUCGAGACUCGCCUGGCUGCCACCCAGAGCGAUCUUGACCUCGCCCGCAGUGAGCUAGCAGCAUGCCAAGCGGAAUACGAGGGCUACAAAGUUAGAGUUCACAGUGUUUUGAAGCAACAGAAAACAAAAGGACAGCAUGAGAUAGGCAUAGAUGAAGAAAAACUGAGCAGGGAAAGACUUGAAAAAGUAAUAGAGCAACUGAAAUUGAAGCUGGACGAAGUAAGUGUGAAGUGUGAGGAAGCCCAGCGUGAGAAUGAGGUUCUACAGGAUGACCUUGACCGUCUGACCGGGCGCCACAACGCCACCCUGCAGGACCUCCAGACUCGGGAAGAGGCACACAGGAAACGUCUUGAAGACUUUUCCAAGGAGAAAUCAGAAGCUAUCGCAGAGUACCUGCAGACUAUCAAGCAGCUGACAGCACAGAAAGAGGCCCUAGCACUCUCAUAUAAGGACCAAUUAAGAGAGUCACUCUCCGAGCAUCACCGCAUGCAGGAGUCCCUGCAGAUACAGAUUGACUCACUGGAGCGGGAAAACCUCCGUCUGCAACGAGACAUUCAGACACCCAAGGUCGUUAGUUCCCCACGACCUUCAGAGAAGGAAAGGUCGUCAAGCCCCACCCCACCUGGAGUUUGUUCAGGAUUUCAGGCAUAUAGAGCGGCAGGAAGGAGAGGGUUCUGAGAUUGUUGAUCAAGAACCUCUACACCAUAGGGGGACUGUAUUUCGCCCUGCACCAGGGUUGCUUCCCCUUGAUAAACUUUUAUCCCAGGAUUUAGAGGAUAACAUGAGUCUAGCAAGUUCCCAUGUUGAUGUUGACGCGCU